GAAACACUUAGAGUCAGGAUCCUAUCGACAACUGGUUCAAAGCAUAGUGAAAAGGGCGAUCUUGUGGUAUAUUACCAACUAAAAUACAGUGACUACUUCACUCUAUCGGCAUUGCUACUAACAGUGCCUCCUUUCUAUCUAGUUCUCGGGUAUCGUCUUGGCCAGUCUUACAUCGACCCUCAUAUCCGCCAUCCAAUAAUAUGGCUUACUGGACUUCACCAAGCGGAAAGUGGCAGCUCACCUGCUUGACAUUAGCCAACUCUGUCUCAAUGGCACACUUUGGUUACGACCAGGGGAUAUUUGCUGGCGCCCUCAUAUCGGCAGAUUUUAUCGAGACCUUUCCAGAAACCAAGGAUCCAGCUAUCUCGGGUAUUACGUCUAGUUGUUUCUCUCUCGGUGCUUUCUUCGGCUGCCUCGCAUCAUUCCUACUUGGUGAUAGGCUGGGAAGGAAGAAGUCCGUCUAUGUCGGGCUCGUGGUCAACGUUAUUGGAGUAGUUCUGCAGAUUGCAGCUUACCAUUUGCCGCAGAUGAUCGUUGGCCGUAUCAUCAAUGGGUUUGGCAUGGGGAUCACCUCCUCAACUUGCCCUGUAUUCGUUGCGGAGGCAUCACCUACCAACAUUAGGGGUAAACUUGUGGUGGUAGGUUCGUUGUGCAUUACGGCGGGAUUCUGCGUAGCAAACUGGAUGAGUUACGUUUUAUUUGAUAGCAGUGGGGCAUUCCAAUGGCGGUUCCCCUUGGCUUUCCAGCUCGUAUACCCAGCCGUUGUAGUAACAUUUCUACCGCUUACCGUUGAGUCACCGCGAUGGCUAUUGCUACGAGGAAGAUUCGAGGAGGCUCGAGUAGCUCUCGCUCAGCUCCGAGGAUUAUUACAUAACCUCGAUGAUAAGAAUUUGAAGGACGACCUUAGUUCUAUUCAGAAUGCCCUUGAGAAAGAACGCGAGGCUCGUGUGCCUAUGGUGGAUGUUGUACUCGGCCGAGAUCCACUACAGAAUGUUCGCCGUUUAGUGCUAAGCUGCGGGACGCAGCUAAUGCAACAGUUCAGCGGCGUUAAUGCCUUGGGCUACUACCUUCCUACUCUCUUAAUUGAGUCGGUAGGGGUUUCUAGUUCAUAUGCGAGGUUAUUGGCCGGAGCAAAUGCCAGCCUAUACUUGGGUGCGGCUUUUCUGUGUCUGGUUCUAGUCGACCUGAUCGGAAGACGCAAACUUAUGAUGUACGGUUCAAUUACGACCGGAUCUUGCUAUUUCGUUGCCUCCAUGACACUGAGAGAGGCUGCUAUUCAUCCGGAAAACAAGUCUGAUCUUGGCAAAGUAACGGUGGCUAUGUUCUUUCUUUAUUAUUUCUGCUACGGUACCAGUUUUGCCAAGGUCCCCUGGGUUUAUAAUUCUGAAAUCAAUAGCCUCGGGUGGCGGACAAGGGGAGCUGCCGCCGCCACCGCAACGAAUUGGUUAAGCGGUUUCGCCAUAGUACAGUUCACAAAGGCGGGUGUGGAUAACCUUGGAUGGAGGUUCUACCUUCUCUUUGCGGUAUUCUGCUGGUCAUACCUACCUAUUGUAUUCCUCUUCUAUCCAGAAACCUCCCUUCGAACACUCGAAGAUAUGGACGAGAUAUUCGAGCGCCAUAGAGGCCUAUUUGUGUUUAGGGACAAAGCCCUUACCCAACGAAACCGCCCGCAAGAAUUUACAGAGGCCGAACAGAGGCGCAUUACUGAAACCUCUCCGCUCGCUGAGGCAUUUCGGAGCGUCUGAAUUAUAACAUACCGUCCAAUAUUCACCAUGGACGUUAGCGAACUACCGCUGAUGGAUGAUUAUAAUUAUUCGUACGUGGGAAAUUCGCUUCUACCCUAUGAUGAUAUGUCUUGGACAUAGCACCUGCUUAAACAAAGGGACGAGUGGACUUGAAUUGGUCUCACUUUAGAAGUAAUGAUAUACCUGAACAAUCCUCGUUUUAUAUUUUCAAUAGAUCUUAGCCUUAGGCACCAUCUAUCUCUUUAGUCGACACAACGACACAUCUAGCACGAAUAUAGAAGCAUAGGCCAUUUUGACGAUUGCCAUUAUCUCCUGAAAUGAAAAUUUGAUACAUUUAUAAACCCGAGUAGUUCGGCUA